CUUCACAGGACGCAGCCCUUUUGGUCUUCCUCGGACGCUCCGUGGCCGAGGAUCUCCAGACGCCUCACACUCGGUGGCCCUUAUGCUUUAUGCUCGAUAUUCACCGCAACCCUCCGCACAAGUGAAUCAAUGCUACCGUCGACUUCCCGCUGCCGAAGAUCCCCGGUAGGGUCGGCCAUCAUGUCGCCUAUUUGUACCCUCCCUCCCUCCGGCUUCCCUCUCUCAGUCCUUGGUUCUCGUUGAAUCACUCCGCCAUCGCCAUGGACCCUCCUCAUCAUUCGAUCCUCGUCCUGGCCGGCAUCGUCUUGCUGGCCCUGUACAUCGUCACUCUCCUGCAACGCAAAUGGACCCAGCGCCGCAUCGCCCGCGAGAAUCACUGCGAGCCUCCCCCCUCCCUGUACAUGAUCGACCCCGUCUUCGGCAUCGACAACGUCUAUAACAGCGUCACCUCCGCCAAGCACCAUCGCUUCCUCGAACGCGGGCUGGCCAACUUCCGCAACCACGGCAAUACCUUCUCCGCCACACGCCUGGGCACUAACAUCAUCGUGACUCGGGAUCCCCUCAACGUGAAGACCAUCCUGUCGCUGAAGUUCAAGGACUUCGGCCUGGGCGACCGCAUCCACUCCUUCGGACCCCUGCUCGGACAUGGCAUCUUCACCACCGACGGCGAGCACUGGGCGCAGUCGCGCGCCAUGAUUCGGCCCAACUUCAGCAAGGAUCAGGUGGCGCAUCUGGAGAUCUUCGAGGAGCUGAUGGGCGACCUGCUGGCGUUGAUCCCGACGGAUGGCAGCACAUUCGACCUCCAGGAGCUGUUCUUCAGCUACACCAUCGACUCGGCGACCGAGUUCCUGUUCGGCCACAGCGUGCAAAGUCUCAAGAAGCGUCGCUCCGCCGUGCAGGAAGACGCCGAGAAGGACUUCGCCAGUGCGUUCAACUACGCGCAGGACGCCAUCGCGCACCAGUCCCGCAUCGGCCGCCUCAGUCAGAUCUUCCCCGAUCGCAAGGCCCAGCGCUGCCAUCGCGUCUGCCACGAGCUGGUCGAGCAGUUCGUCGACAAGGCGCUGCGGUACCGCGCGAACUUCGACGAGGAGAAGGGCGCCGACGACAGCAAGCAGAAGUACCUGUUCCUGCAGGGUCUGGCGCAGCAGACGGGCGAUCGCAAGCGUAUCCGCGACGAGCUGAUGAACGUGCUGCUGGCCGGUCGCGACACCACCGCCUCGCUGCUCAGUAACAUGUUCUUCAUGCUGGCGAAGCAUCCGCAUGUGUGGGCGAAGCUGCAAGAGGAGAUCGCCACGUUGGACGGCCGCAUCCCCACCUACUCCCAGCUGCGCAAUCUCACUUAUCUGAAAUACUGCAUGAACGAAUCCCUCCGUCUACACCCCGUCGUCCCCGCCAACAGUCGCGUCGCCAUGACCGACACCGUCCUGCCCGUCGGCGGCGGCCCCAACGGUCAGUCCCCGGUGUUUGUGUCCAAAGGCACUGUGGUGGGAUACAGCACGUAUUCGAUGCAUCGGCGCGAGGACUUCUACGGACCGGACGCGGAGGAGUUCCGACCGGAGCGAUGGGCGACGCUGCGACCGGGGUGGGAGUAUCUGCCAUUCAACGGGGGACCUCGGAUCUGCGUGGGUCAGCAGUACGCGCUCACUGAAGCCGGAUACGUGACGGUUCGCUUGGCGCAGCGGUUUUCCGUCCUGGAGAGUCGCGAUGCAGGAGCGUGGGAGGAAAGCUUGACUCUGACGCUGUGCUCGAGGAACGGCACCCUGGUUGGGAUGUCCUGAGUGAUGUGAUUGAUGUGAUAUGAUAUGAUGUCAGCAAAUUGGUAUCUUUGCUUUUAUCUUUUAUCCCUGGUCUGCUGUCUUUCUGCUGUCUGUCUAUUAGCCCCUACUCUAGUUAGUCCUCGCUCCGGAUUUCCCCCGGAGCACCCGACAAUCAAACCAUUCAAUCAAUAAACAAUGCCAUGCACCC